CUUCCUGCUAUAACUUAACUGUGGUUAUGUCCGGACGUGGUAAGCAGGGCGGCAAGGCUCGUGCCAAGGCCAAGACCCGAUCUUCCCGGGCCGGCCUGCAGUUCCCCGUGGGCCGCGUGCACCGUCUCCUCCGCAAGGGCAACUACUCCGAGCGGGUGGGCGCCGGCGCCCCGGUGUACCUGGCGGCCGUGCUGGAGUACCUGACGGCCGAGAUCCUGGAGCUGGCUGGCAACGCGGCCCGCGACAACAAGAAGACGCGCAUUAUCCCGCGCCACCUGCAGCUGGCCAUCCGCAACGACGAGGAGCUCAACAAGCUGCUGGGCCGCGUGACCAUCGCGCAGGGCGGCGUCCUGCCCAACAUCCAGGCGGUGCUGCUGCCCAAGAAGACCGAGAGCCACCACAAGGCCAAGGGAAAAUAAGUUGCUCACCUAUAUCGUGGACUUUCCUGGUGGAAGUGACCUUAUUAAAACAAAGGCUCUUUUCAGAGCCACCCACCUUUUUCCAAAAAACGAGCUGCCACCUCAGUUUGAGUUUUUUAGUAUAGUCCGUGGUGUAUUGUGGAAGGCAUACAUUACUAUAUGAAACUCCAAAUCUUCCUUUGUUUUAUAAUUUCAUACAAGUACUUUCUCCAAUCACUUCGUGAACCAUUGUUGAGAACCCGUUAGGAUACAUCACUAAACCAGAAUAAGUAAUU